AUGAGCGUCUUCUGGUUGGUGCCGCAGUACGCCAUCCACGGCGUGGCCGACGCAUUCAUGGACGUCGGCCGCAUGGAGUUCCUGUACGACCAGGCGCCGGAGAGCUUGAGGAGCACGGCGGCGGCGCUCUACUGGCUGACCUGUUGUAGUGAUGCUAGCGUAGCCUACUCGUUUCCAUACAUGACCAACUCGAUGGGGAGCUACCUCGGCACGCUGCUGGUGCUCAACCUCGUUUACUACUUCCUCUGCGUCAGGUACUACACCUUCAAGAGAUUGGAGACGGUUGGGGAUGACAAGGAAGUGGAGCUCGACCAUGUCAAUAAUGUCAGUGGCAACUGCAAUGACGACACAAAGAAGGGUGCAAAAGCAAGCUUUAGGUAG